AUGGGUCCAGCUCCUGGGAAUGUUUGGUUAUCUCGCGAAUAUUGGAAUGCGAUGGGAAUCGCGACUCGAUUUCCAGGUCCAGCCUUGCACCUGGUGAGGUCAACGGCGAAGGCCCCGCUCUGGGAAGGCGAAAGGAUUUGCCAGGAGAACGCGGAUGGGAGCCUGGCCGUGCCUUCCUCCAAGGAGGAAUUGCUCCGCAUUAAGAAAUACCUGAUGGGGCAAAACCUUGGAGGCCUUUGGGUUGGACUCGGAGGACACAUUCCCAAUGUGACAGACAGGCGAGUGGUUCUCUUAGUCAUUCGCAGCCAUGGGGGUGUCGUGCUGUCGAAGAGCGUCGCGGUGCAACUGUGGGCAGACGUUGUCGGGGUUCCGGCCGACGGGUGGGAUGGAGUCAUCGACGUGGUGAAAAACGGCAGCAUCAACCAGCACUGCGUCUGCGCCUAUGCGAUUCCCUUCGGGAUCGGGAUCAACGACGCGGAAUGCGGGCGUCCGCUGAAUGCGUUUCUCUGCUACGUGCACGAACCGGUCAGAGGUCGGUACCCGGUCCUCGAGGUAGUUUCUGUACCCUGCCCACAACCACAGGGACCUCCAGACCAAGAUCUGAAGCUGGAGUCCACUGGAGGGACAAAUUACACCCUGGGAGACAAUGUGACCUAUAUCUGCCCCUGCUGGAAGGCAUGGCAUCCUCCCAGCAUCCCUGCAUCUCCGUUACGAACAUCCCAAUGCUUUGGAUCCCUGGGAUGGGAAUACAAACUCGAGGGCCUUCGUUCUUGCCUCCGAGAUCCAGGAAUAUUCUGCUCUCCGAUUACUUUGCCCCCUGAGGGUUACCGUGAGAUUAAGGCGAUCGACGUGUCAAAAUGCAGGGAUCUCGCGGGUAUGUACCCUCCUGGCAGCACUACGACAUACGAAUGUGGACUGAAGGACUUCGUCUUCUCCUCUGGGGAUGCCCGAGUGACAUGGACAUGUCAGGACGAUGGGAAAUGGGCACCGACGAAUGUGUCCGUGACGUGCCUUCCUCGCCCGAACACAACAUGCGAAUCGCCGGGUGACGCAGAUGCCAUUGCCUUUCCCGACUAUCAUUUCGUGGGAGCCAUGGUCUACUGCAUCCACAACGACUCCAUCCGGCGCCCCAUCGCUUGCACCGAAGGUCUCACCUGGUAUCCUGCGGGAUUCACUCCCUGCGUGGAAGUGUACCCAUACUUCGAAGUCGAGAAUGAGGGAUUCGUACUUGGAAAGCCGAAAGAGGGAUCUCUUGAUGGGAACUUCGGAGCUGCAGCCUUCUGUCAUCAACGCUUCAAUGCAGCAGGGUUGCCGGAAUUGAGGAACAGAACCAAAAUGGGACAUGUGGCCCAAGUCGUCGGGGCAUUCGUUGGCGACGGAUUCGUUCCUCUCCCGUACAACAUUCUGUGA